UUACGCCGCUCAGCCGGGAGCCAGCAUGGCUGCCGCCAGGGCAAAAGCCGCCGAGCUAGAGGUGGUCCGAGGCAAGCGCGCUGCCCUCUUCUUCGCCGCGGUGGCCAUCAUGUUGGGGCUGCCGCUUUGGUGGAAGACCACGGAGACCUACCGGGCCUCCUUGCCGUACCUGGAGAUCAGUGGGCUUAAUGCCCUGCAGCUCCGGCUAAUGGUGCCCAUCAGGCUUGUGUUUGCCCGGGGGUCCUUGGACCCGCACGACCUGAAGAAGUUGCCUGAAACCUCUGUGCAAGAGCAGGAAAUUCCUCUGAAAUAUAAAAUGAAAAUCAAAUGCCUUUUUCGCACUGAGUACCGGAUUGCUUCGAAGCAUGAAGAAGAGGCUCUGUCACUGGGCAGUGUGCAAGAGGCAGAAGCCAUGUUAUCUGAGUCACAGCAGCAAGCUGAGGGCUCCCUGACCGUGUAUAUCAUCGACGAGAGAUCCUCGCUUCUCCCAAAGGACAUGGUGAGCUGCAUUGGACCCAAAAGGACGGCGUUCACCCGGGGAACACUGCACCAUCAUGCCUUUUCUUUCAUUGACCUCCGUGUAAAGGAGAUUGUCAGAGCCAUGUCUUUGGCUGAGGAUGUGCUUGCCGCCGCCUUGGCUGACCACCUUUCAGAGGACAAGUGGAGCUCCGAUAAGAGGCGGCCGCUGAAGUCCAGCUUGGGCUAUGAGAUCACCUUCAGUUUGCUCAACCCAGACCCCAAGUCCCAUGAAGUCCACUGGGACAUCGAGGGGGCAGUCAGGCACUACGUGCAGCCCUUCGUGGACGCCCUCAGUGUCGCGGGCAACAUCUCUGUGGACUCGCAGAUCCUUUAUUAUGCCAUGCUGGGGGUCAACCCCCGCUUUGAUGCAGCUUCCUCCAGCUACUACUUGGCUGCACACAGCCUCCCGCAUGUCAUCAACCCCGUGGAGUCCCGCCUGGGAUCCAGUGCUGCCUCCCUUUACCCUGUGCUCAACUUCCUGCUCUAUGUCCCUGAACUGGCCCACUCCCCGCUGUACAUUCAGGACAAGGACGGAGCUCCAGUGGCCACCAACGCCUUCCACAGUCCCCGCUGGGGUGGCAUCAUGGUCUACAACGUGGACCCCAAAGCCUACAAUGGCUCGGAGCUGCCAGUGAAGGUGGAGGUGGACAUGGUGCGCGUGAUGGAGGUGUUCCUGGCGCAACUGCGGCUGCUCUUUGGAAUUCCCCAGCCGCAAAUGCCCCCAAACUGCCUGUUUCUCGGGCCUCUGAGUGGAGGGCUGAUGACCUGGGAGGUGGACCGGCUGCUGUGGGCGCGGACCGUGGAGAACCUGGCCACGGCCACGUCCACUCUCACUUCCCUGGCCCAGCUUCUGGGAAAGAUCAGCAACAUUGUCAUCAAGGACGAUGUGGCCUCGGAGGUGUACCGGGCUGUGGCCGCCGUCCAGAGGGCGGCCGAAGAGCUGGCCUCAGGGCACCUGGUUUCUGCCUUCACCUCCAGCCAGGAAGCCGUGACGUCCUCAGAACGAGCUUUUUUCGACCCCUCACUCCUCCACCUCCUCUAUUUCCCCGAUGACCAGAAGUUUGCUAUCUACAUCCCGCUCUUUCUGCCCAUGGCUGUGCCCAUCCUCCUGUCCCUGGUCAAGAUCUUUCUAGAGAUGCGCAAGUCCUGGAAGAAGCCUGAGAAGAGAGACUGAGCAGGGCAGCGUCUCCGGAGAAGCUGCCUUUUGGCUGGCGUGCGGUGUAA